ACACACACACACAGCAAACCGAGUGGAUUAAUGUGCGGCUCAGUAUGUUGCAGCAGCAGCCGAUUGCAGGCAGCAGGCCCAACGCAGGCCGGGGGCUCGCCUUAAACACUCACCACGGAAUGCAUCUAUUAAACUCGGUACACCCGCCUCCACAACACCGGCCUGAUGGAGACGCGGGCAUGGAGGGCGCAGAGAACGGGCACGAAAGCAGACGAGACAUCGGGGACAUUUUACAACAAAUCAUGACCAUAACCGACCAAAGUCUGGACGAAGCUCAGUCCAAAAAACAUGCUCUGAACUGUCAUCGGAUGAAACCUGCUUUAUUCAGCGUGCUUUGUGAAAUUAAAGAGAAAACUGGCCUGUCGAUGCGAAACGCCCAAGAGGAGGAACCUCCAGACCCGCAACUCGUUCGACUGGACAACAUGCUGCUUGCCGAGGGCGUGGCAGGUCCCGAGAAAGGGGGAGGGGCAGCAGCCGCCGUCUCUGCCGCCACCAGCUCGGGCGGCAUGUCCCCGGACAGCUCGCUGGAGCACUCGGACUACAAACAAAAGCUGACCCAGAUUCGCACGAUUUACCACACCGAGCUAGAGAAAUACGAGCAGGCAUGUAGUGAAUUCACCACCCACGUGAUGAACCUGCUGCGCGAACAGUCCCGCACGCGGCCCGUCUCGCCACGCGAGAUCGAGCGCAUGGUGGGCAUCAUCCACCGCAAAUUCAACUCCAUCCAGACGCAGCUCAAACAGAGCACGUGCGAGGCCGUCAUGAUCCUCCGCUCACGCUUUCUGGAUGCCAGACGCAAGAGGCGCAACUUUAGCAAGCAGGCCACGGAGGUUUUGAACGAGUACUUCUAUUCACACCUGUCCAACCCUUACCCCAGCGAGGAGGCCAAAGAAGAGCUGGCCAAACGGUGUAGCAUCACCGUCUCUCAGGUGUCCAACUGGUUUGGCAACAAGAGGAUCCGCUACAAGAAGAACAUUAACAAGUUUCAGGAGGAGGCCAACAUUUACGCCGUGAAGACGGCCAUAGGGGCGACACAGAGAGAAGGAUCACCCCAUACCCCCAACUCUACUGGUUCAGGGUCCUUCUCGCUCUCAGGGUCGGCUGAUCUCUUCCUUGGAGUCCCUCCAGUGAAUGGAGAGCAGCCUGGCUACCAAAUGGGAGCUCAGGACUCGCGCUAUUCAGACCGACUCUAUAGUCCCAGAGAGAGCCGGACUAACGGGGACUGGCAGGAGCAGAACACGCCCCCUUCUCCACCGGGAAGCGAGCACUCCGACGACUCGGACUGAGGGACGCGUCCCCCGGCCGUGUCCCACAGAGGCGAGGACAAACGAGAGGUCAGAGAGAACGGCGGUCACUCUUCCGCCCGGGUGCAGCGAAGCUAUUUUAUUUUAUCCAUCAUCCUGUGCGAGGAGCGCGCGCACACCAGAGACACGGGAAACUGCUUUCAGUUGGGCUCGUAUAUUUAACCGUUUGCAUUUUCUUUCCAUUUAUAUUUUCUUUCUCAUGUUUUAAACACUACUUCCACUACUCGUUACUGCAAUAUCGGGGUUCUGAAGAGGGAGGGGACGGUCUGGAGCCGCGUUAAGUCUGCUUUCUUUAUAACCCUAGUGCUAUCGUUAUCACUGCUAUUCUAACCUAUAUCGUUUCUUCGAAGGUAAAGGGGGCAAUAGAGAAUAAUCCAAAGAUUGUUUUGUUUGUUUUCUGUUUGUGUGUGUUUUUUAUUGUGUGUACCUGUUAGCUGAAUGGGGUGUGUCUUUAUUUGGAGUUUGAAUGCGUAUAUCCACAGUGCUGUCUUUUUCUGUACAGUGAAACACCUGUAUUCUCUACCUCUUUUACAAUAAAGACUGUCUGUGUACACAUUCACACA